GGCGCGGCGGCGCCGGCCACGCGACGCGACGCGAAGGCGACCAGCCCAAGGUCCGCAUCACCUUCUUCCUCGGAGCGGACGCCACCCUCCCCUCCAGACCCCAGCGAGCUACCAACUCCUGCACGCGAGCUACUCCCGCCGCACCCCACCCCACCCAUGGCGGCGGCGCUGCUGACGCCGACGCAGCGGUACGCGGCGGGGGCCCUGCUGGCGCUCGCGCUCCGCCAGGCGCAGAUCCACCAGUCGGUCCUCCUCGGCGCCCCUUCCCCCGCCGCAGACGACGAGCGCGCCAGCAGCGCCAGCGGCGGGAGCAGCGGCAGCUCCGGAGGCAGCGGGGAGGACGCCGCCGACGAUGCGGGGCUCUGGACGCACGACUCCCGCGGCCUCCUCCGCCCCGUCUUCAGGUUCCUGGAGAUCAACCCCGCGGCGUGGGCGGGGCUGGAGGAGACGGCGGCGUCGCCGGAGGCCAAGCACCACAUCGGCGCGUUCCUAAGGAUGAUCUUCGAAGAAGACGUCGAGAGCUCUUCGGACAGAUCCGACCAGGAGCACGCGUUGGCCAAAGGAGUCGACGUGAUGGCGAUGAGUUUGAGAAGUGAUCAUGUAGAGGAGGAAUCAACCAAAGAGGGUGACCAAGGUCCCUCUACUAGUUCCGGUACGGCCGAAUCCCCGGCGGGAGGCUCUCCCGAGGACUUGCUGGGAGUCGAUAAGCUGUCCCUGGACGACGUUCCUGCCACCGAUCACCGGAAGAUGUCGUUGCUGUUUGUGCUUCUCUCUGCUUGUGUGGCUGAUAAACCCGUGUCGCAAGAGGAAGAGGACAGGAAGUCAUCUCGCUUCAGGAAGGGCUACGACGCUCGGCAUCGGGUCGCUCUUCGGUUACUGGCAACAUGGCUUGAUGUCAAGUGGAUCAAAAUGGAAGCCAUCGAGGUAAUGGUUGCGUGCUCUGCUAUGGCAGCAGCAAAAGAGCAAGAACAGUCGGGAGAAAACGCGUCGCCCAAAAGCAAAUGGGCGAAAUGGAAGCGUGGAGGAAUCAUUGGUGCAGCUGCGUUGACUGGGGGAGCAUUACUGGCUAUUACUGGGGGUUUAGCUGCUCCAGCAAUUGCUGCUGGAUUUGGUGCUCUUGCUCCAACGCUCGGCACACUGAUGCCUGUUAUAGGAGCUAGUGGAUUUGCUGCUAUGGCUACUGCUGCUGGAUCUGUUGCUGGCUCUGUGGCAGUGGCUGCAUCAUUUGGGGCUGCUGGAGCUGGCUUGACGGGCACCAAAAUGGCCAGAAGGAUUGGGAGUGUAAAAGAGUUUGAGUUCAAACCGAUUGGUGAAAACCAUAAUCAGGGUCGUCUUGCGGUUGGCAUCUUGGUUUCUGGAUUUGCUUUUGACGAGGAGGACUACAUUAGGCCUUGGGAAGGAUGGAAGGAUAACCUAGAAAGGUAUAUUCUUCAAUGGGAGUCUAAGCAUAUAAUUGCAGUGAGUACAGCAAUACAAGAUUGGUUAACAUCAAGACUUGCUCUGGAAUUAAUGAAGCAAGGAGCGAUGAGAACAGUUUUAAGUGGCUUUCUUGCAGCAUUUGCAUGGCCCGCUACUCUGCUUGCAGCUACGGAUUUUAUUGAUAGCAAAUGGUCCGUUGCUAUAGACAGAUCAGAUAAGGCAGGAAAAAUGCUUGCUGAAGUUCUUAUGAAGGGAUCGCAAGGGAACAGGCCUGUCACCCUUGUUGGGUUUUCACUAGGGGCGCGUGUCAUAUUCAAAUGUUUGCAGGAGCUUGCUUUAUCAAGUGAUAAUGAAGGACUCGUCGAGAGGGUUGUACUCCUAGGUGCACCAGUUUCCGUGAAAGGCGAGCAGUGGGAGCCUGCUAGGAAGAUGGUUGCUGGAAGAUUUGUGAAUGUGUACUCCAAAGAUGACUGGAUUCUCGGUGUCACUUUUCGUGCAAGUCUACUCACCCAAGGAUUGGCUGGAAUACAGGCGGUUGAUGUUCCUGGUGUCGAAAAUGUUGAUGUUACUGAGCUUGUUGAUGGCCAUUCCUCUUACCUGUCGGCCGCGCAACGGAUCCUGGAGCAUCUCGAACUGAACACCUACUAUCCUGUUUUUAUCCCUCUACCAGCGGUUAGCAAGCAACAGAUAGUUGCCUAGAAAAAGAUGUCAGUUGUACUUGGAGGAUCGAGAAGAAAGAACUGUGUAUAUUCUGUAUAUAGAAGACCUUACGAGCCUUUGACCUUUAUUGCAUGCAAGUGCUUAGGCGACGAACUUGUCAGUCUGGUGCUAUUGUGUGCACUUAUGUUCAGUUGCUCCGUGAUUA